CAACCCUUGUUUCGUCAAGCAGAGACACACAUAUGUAUACAAGAGAAUCGAUGAAUCUAUGAACGGCUCGCUCUACUUUAUCCAGUCAUCUGUUCUUCUAUGAGAAAAGCCAUGAACACGAAAGCUGACCUAAUCGGUAUUGGGCGGACUGGGUGCGUGAUGCGCUAUGGAGAUGUCGCAGUGAAGACGACAAAUAAAUGGACAGUGCCAGCCGACGCAUCAGAAUACACGACCAUUGUAUACCAGCAGAUGAACAGGUCAAAUGAAGAGGCUCUAAAACAUGAGGGACGCAUUUACGCACAUCUCAUCCAUGUGGAAGGCGUCUUGAAGCCGUUUGAGAUCUCUGAUACAGAAAUCCGGAUGCCCUAUGUAAGCCACCGGUCGCUUGACAGGUAUCUAAGUGCAAACAAAGACACUGUAACAAAUAUCCAACGCUUGCUAUGGUUUCGAAGUGCGGCGGAAAUCAUCUCCAGAGUACACCGACAACGGGUUCUUGUUGCCGAUAUCGCAGCACGAAAUUUCUUAGUCAACGCAGACCUAUCACUCCAACUCUGUGAUUUCUCUGAAUCUAUUGUCAUUCCAGUGAAUCAGGAUCUGAAUGAGUUCGUCUCGGAAAGCUUUCUUACCAUCAAGUUCGACAUCGCUCGGUUUGGGUCCAUGUUGUUCGAGAUCGUUUCCGGCCAUCGAUAUGAAUUCUAUGUAUCGCCAGAGAUUGAGGUCGAUUUGGAAGAUGGCGAAUCAAAGACAUAUAGACAAUGGCCGACGGAAGAGAAGCUUCCGGACACGAAAGAUCUGUUUUUGGGUGAUAUCAUUCGGAAAUGCUGGCUUGAAGAAGGGUUUCACAGUAUGAAUGAUGUCUGCGCUGCCUUGUAUUGCGCACGUGCUCCUGAAGAAGAAGCCGAUGUAAUGCUGGACUGGCGAUACCUACUGGGUGUGGCAAGUCCCAUGAUAAUAUUCACCAUCCUAGUGGUCCGCCGUUUCCCAUGGCAGAAAGCACUGGACGCGCUGUCUUUUAACCGUGCGGGUGGAUAGAAUAUACUCUGCAAGGAGUUGGGGAAGACGAUGCAAAGUGAGUAGGACAACUAAGGACAAGAUGGUAACCUCGGCCUUAAUACCGAGUCCAUUUGGCUAAACCGUUGUCGCUUGCGUGAAUCGAGCUCCUCUUGCCGAGCCAUCAGCCUGUCUGUCUUCACCUUCGUCUAUCAAUACUUAUGUUUUGCUGGUCCACAAAAUAAAUGUAGCAGUCCCAAAUAAACGCAU